GGGGGGGGGUGAAGAAUGAGGAGAGGAGAAGGCUUCCCAAGCACCUCUCUGCACAAGGGAGAGGCUGGAGUGACCAUGGACCCUGUAGCCAGAUUUGGGUUCACAUCCUGGCCUUGUCACUAGCUGUGUGACGUGGGGCAAGUUGGUUAACUUCUCUGAACUUUGGUUUCUUCAUUUCUAAAAUGGAAGGGUGGGCAGGAUAGAGGGAAGAGCCCGUUCAGGAGCCUGAUUUGUGUUGGAUUCCCAAGUUACAAUACUUUACAUUUGUAGACUUGCCCUGAUUGUUUUCUACAUAUUAUCCUAAUAUCUACAUAUUUCUACAUAUUAUCCAAAUUUUACUGUUAAAGGGGAUUGUUCUCUUUUGGCGUGUAAGCGAACACACUCUGGCCAGUUUAGUAAUAAGAGACGUUUGUGGGAUGCUCACUCUGUACCAGGUACCAUAGUAAGGUUUAACAUGCAUUAUCUCAUUUAAUCCCUGCAGUAACACACAGUCUCUCUCAAAAAUAAAUAAACUUAAAAUAAAAAAAAAAUAAAAUAAAAAUAGGGCGCCUGGGUAGCUCAGUCGGUUAAGUGGCCAACUCUUGGUUUCGGCUCAGGUCGUAAUCUCACAGUUUGGGGCUCAAGCCCCACGUCGGGCCCCGCGCUGAUGGUGUGGAGCCUGCCUGGGAUUCUCUCUCUCCUGCUCUCUCUGCUCUCCCUCUCUCAAAAAAUAAGUAAACUUGGGGCGCCUGGGUGGCUUGGUCGGUUGGGCUGCCGACUUCGGCUCAGGUCAUGAUCUCGCGGUCCGUGAGUUCGAGCCCCGCGUCGGGCUCUGUGCUGACAGCUCAGAGCCUGGAGCCUGUUUCAGAUUCUGUGUCUCCCUCUCUCUGACCCUCCCCCGUUCAUGCUCUGUCUCUCUCUGUCUCAAAAAUAAAUAAACGUUAAAAAAAAAAAAUUAAAAAAAAAAAAGCUUAAAAAAAAAAACAAUCUCUACAGUAACCUUACGCGUUAGAUACUGUCAUCAACUCUGUUUGGCAGAUGAGGAAACUGAGGCACAGGGAGAUUAAGUCACUUGGUUGGGGCUACACAGUUAGGGAGUUCCAGAGCGGGGAUUCGAACCCAGGCCUCCGGCUCCACUGGCAGCCCAGUGUCCUGCUGUUCUGGCUUCAGGUAGAAGAGCUGGGCCUGGUUCCUGGCCCGGAGGGGGCUCCGCAGCCCAGGAGGAAGCCUCAUGGUAACGCCUGGGAUGGUGGAGACCGAGGACUCGGUGCAGCUGCGGCAGCUCAGUCUGGUGCUCCUGAGGCAGCUGUGGGUCGGGCAAGAUGCUGUGCGGCGGUCGGUGGCCAAGGCAGCCUCAGGGUCAACCCGGGACUCCAGCAGCAGCUGUGACUCCCAGACUCCAUCGUCCCAGGAGACGUCCUCGGUGGCCCCGAGAGCCUCCAGCCUUCAGGGUGCCCACCAGGGUGGCCCCUGUGAUAUGUCCUGGGCUGGCGGGGCCAGCUCUGGAGUGAUGUCUCUCCCACCUGCCGCAUACCGACGCCGGCCGUCCCUGGGUUCGCUGAGGCCCUGCUCGGCGCCCUUACUGGCCAUCUCAGACCCGGAUGGCACAGAGCUUUCAGGAGAGCCGGACAGGCCGGGGCCUCAGGAGGCCCAGGCCCAGAGGUCCAUCCUGGAUCAACAAAGCAGGCCGUCCAAGCCAAGAGUGACCUUCGGUGAUGAGUCUUCAGUGCCUGACAGGAGCUGGCGCCUCAGACCAUACUUGGGCUACGACUGGAUCGCAGGGUCUCUGGACAACACCUCGCCCAUCACCAGCAAGCCCGAGGCCUUCUUCUCGAAGCUGCAGGAUUUCCGGGAAGCCAACAAGGAGGAGUGUAUUCACAGUGGCCCCGAACCCCGGUCCCUCAGCCUCCGGGAGAGCAGCAGGGUGGACCAAGACCACGAAUGCGUGUACUGUUACCGCGUCAACCGGCGCCUGUUUCUGGUGCCUUCGGAUCCUGGCUCCCCCUGCCGCCUGUGCAGGACACCUCGGGACCAGCGGGGCCCCGAGACCCUGGUGGAGCCCGCGCAGGUCAGGGUGAGCAUCCCGCUGUCUGUCCUGGACCCUCCGCACUGGCACCGCGUCCACCGACGGAAGAGCUUCGAUGCUUCUGACACGUUGGCCCUGCCCCGGCACUGCCUGAUGGGCUGGGACAUCCUCCCUCCGAAGCCCGAGAAAAGCUCAGCCCCCAAGAGCCUGGACCUUUGGUCCUGCGUCUCCUCCGAGGCCCAGCACCGGAAGCUGUCAGCUGCCCGCCUGGCCCAGCCAACACGAGUCCCACCCUCCACCCCAUUCCGGUCACAACUCCAGCCUCCUGCGCCCUGGCCGAAGCCCUGAGGACUGGCCACCCGGAGGAGGACAGAGCCCCUGCCAUCCCCCCUAACCCCUCUCCUCUGGCAGGGCACCCACCAGAGGGGAGCCCUGCCUGGCUUCAGCUGGAGGUGAACGUAGUCCCCACCCUCUUGGGUUGGGUAGGUGGAUGGGCUCAGGCCCUUCUCCUUCCUGGAGACAGAGGUGGGGACUCCAGGGUUGGGGGGCGCGGGUGAAAGAGGAUGGGGUGACCUGUUUGUAAAUAAAGCUCAGUGCCAUCUGCAGCACCAGAUUUCCCACAUGUGCUGGGUCCGCCCUGCUGAUGCCCUCAGUGCCCAGGAGGUGCUCUGGCGGCAGCCUGUUCCCUUGCCUGGGGAAAGACACGUCUGACAUCCUGUACUGGGCCGAGGGGAUCCAGUGCCCUGAGUUUGAUUCUCGGUGCAGCUUCCAACUCUGGGUAGAUGGCCUCCCGGGUGGGAGGGAGGCGCUCCGGGCCCCAGACUGUCUCCUGUGGAUGAGGCUGAAGCUGUGGACCAUGAGUGAGUUCUCCCCUUCCUGGUCUCUGAAGCUGGGGUCCGUUGACAGGGGGCUUCUCUUAAAGUCCCUGGGCCAGUGGCUCCUCGACUGCUCUCCCCAGCCCAGCCCAAGAAGCCACAGGGGACCCAGAGCUGCCGCAGGCACAGAUGGGGAAGCCGAGAGCCAGGCAGGGCUGGCAGUGAGUACAAAUAUCCCCCUCUCGUGGAUUAACAGCCAGUGUCUGUCUUCCCCCCGUAGGUUGAACGAUAUAAAAUUCCUGGUUUUGUAAGAUGAACAUGAAAUAAAAGGGGAACUGAAGCCCCAAGGAGGCACGUGGUUUUUCUGAGGUUUCUCCACUUUGAGGGCUGGAACUAGGGUUGUGGUCUCCUGUGGCUUCCACAGGAAGCCGUCAUGGCUGUGACGCCGGGAAAGCCUGGUUCCCCCCACCCCCCCCCCGUGUGGCUCACAGCACACGUGUUAAUCAGGGUGAGGGAGGUUCUGCCGCAGUAAGUGAUGAAACCCCAGCUCUCAGUGGCUGGCCUCUGUGGGUUCCAGUGUCUCCACAUCCUCGCCAACCCUUUUCUGCCCUUUCUUAAAAAAAAAAGUUUAUUUUUGAGAGAGCCAGGGUGAGCAGGAGAGGGGCAGAGAGAGAGGAAGAGAGAGAGUGCGAAUCUCAAGCAGGCUUCGUGCUGUCAACGCGGAGUCCGAUGCGGGGCCCGAACUCACCAACUGUGAGAUCGUGAACUGAAUGGAAAUCAAGAGUUGGACGCUCGCCGACUGAGCCACCCAGGCGCCCGCCCUACUUCCUGCAUGUUUUGUAAUAGCCAUCCUAACGGGCGUGAAGUGGUACCUCACUGUGGUUCUGUUUUGUGUUUUUCCCUGAUGGUUGCAGACGUGGAGCGUUUUUGUUUGUGCUUCUCAGCCACCCGUGCAUCUUCCUGGGAGAAGUGUGCGUUCAGGUCCUCUGCUCAUUUUGAGAUCCGGUUGUUUGCUUUUUCUGAUGUUUAACACGUAAUUUUAAGUCAAAGAGCCUGUGGGAGUCCGUGGUUUUGUUAGAAAUUCUUUGGUCAGAGGGAGAAGAGAAUCUGGG